CAGGCCGGGAAUAUGUAUUAGAAGAGCAUGUUUCUCUUAGUCUUGAGUUUUAAGUCAGUUCUUAAGUAGGACCCAGCGCUGAUUGUAAAAUUUUCAAACUCGUAUUUUAUUAUGCUGUUUUAUUUAUUUUACAUACAGUUAACGCUUUCUACUUGGUGCCUUGGUCUUACACGUAGUACACUGUUCACUGGCUUUGGAGCACAAUACAGUAAGAGAAUGAAGCUUAAAGAGGUAGAUCGUGCAGCUAUGCAAGCAUGGAGCCCUUCUCAGCAUCACCCUAUAUAUCUAGCAACAGGAACAUCUGCUAAACAACUUGAUGCAACUUUCAGCACAAAUGCUUCCCUGGAGAUAUUUGAAUUGGACUUGGCAAAUCCUUCAAUAGAUAUGAAGUUAUGCACAACAUAUUCAUCCACACACAGGUACCAUAAACUAAUCUGGGGACCACACAGAAUGGAGUCUGAUGGCACUGCUUCUGGAGUCCUUAUCGCAGGAGGAGAAAAUGGAAAUGUGAUUCUUUAUGACCCGACAAAGGUCAUAAAAGGAGAUAGUGAAGUUGUCAUUGCUCAGCAAGACAAGCACACAGGGCCAGUGCGAGCCCUGGAUGUAAACUCAUUCCAGACAAAUCUUGUAGCAUCAGGUGCCAAUGAGUCUGAAAUCUAUAUCUGGGACCUCGAUAACUUUGCUGUUCCAAUGACACCAGGUGCUAAAUCUCAGCCUCUGGAAGAUAUCAGCUGCAUUGCCUGGAACCGACAGGUCCAACACAUUCUAGCCUCUGCCAGCCCCAGUGGACGGGCUACAGUGUGGGAUCUCAGGAAAAAUGAACCAAUACUAAAAGUCAGCGACCACAGCAAUAGGAUACACUGCUCUGACAUGGCCUGGCAUCCAGAUGUUGCCACCCAGAUGGUCCUUUCCUCAGAAGAUGAUCGCUUGCCUGUAAUACAAAUGUGGGACCUCCGAUUUGCCUCCUCCCCCCUGCGUGUUAUGGAGAGUCACAAAAGAGGUAUAUUGGCUAUUGCUUGGAGCUUGGCAGAUCCAGAACUGUUGCUUAGCUCUGGGAAGGAUUCCAGGAUACUUUGCUCCAAUCCCAACACAGGGGAGGUUUUGUAUGAACUACCAACUGACACACACUGGUGUUUUGAUAUGCAGUGGUGUCCUAGGAACCCUGCAGUUCUUUCCGCUGCUUCAUUUGAUGGACGUAUCAGCAUUUACUCUAUUAUGGGUGGAAACAAUGACAGUCACAAGCAGGCAGACAAGUGUUCCCCCAGGUUGAAUCUGCACAACGUCUUCCAGAGAUAUGGCCAUUCUAUUGAAUCAAACACUAUGGCGGAGUCGAUGGAGGCCACCGGUCCUGUAUCCACAUUGUCAUGUAGUUCUAUGUUGCUUUCUUCAUCAUUUGGGAACCUGGAUCCUUUUGGUACAGGACAUCCACUGCCACCACUGCAGCUUUCUCAGCAGCCUGCACAGCAAAGUACAAUUCUUCCCCUUAAAAAGGCCCCUAAGUGGCUGCGUUGCCCUGUUGGAGCCUCAUUUUCUUUUGGAGGGAAGCUGGUCACAUUUGAGACUUUGAAUACACAAGCAUCCCAUCAGCAGCAGCACCCGCAGGCCAUAUCCCAUUGCUUCCAUGUGUAUGUCAGUCAAGUGGUAACAGAGGAAGAGUUUCUAACCCGAUCUAAGCAGUUACAGAAUGUGGUCAGCACUGGCCUUUUCAAAGACUUCUGCCAGAAGAAAGUUGAAGAUGCCAAGACAGACUUUGAGAAGAAUGUGUGGUCAUUCCUAAAGGUGAAUUUUGAAAAGGAUUCUCGUGGCAAGUACCUUGAGCUGCUUGGAUUCAGAAAGGAAGACCUGAACACUAAGAUUGCAUCUGUUCUGGGCAAUGCAGUUGCAGCAGAUGGUAAACAUGAGGCUGGAAAAGACUCUGACCAAGCAAGUGAUGAGGAAGAGAGACCGCAUACAGAAGAUAAUUUCUUGGGGGAGGUUUCCAAAGAUGAUAAAGGACGGAGUAGCAGAUCUAUCUUACUCGGAGAAUUUAAUAUAUCAGUUGGUAGAGAUGUUGAUGGCCUCAUCACUCAAGCUCUGCUCACUGGAAACUUUGAAAGUGCUGUGAAUUUGUGUUUGCAUGAUAAUCGCAUGGCAGAUGCCAUUAUAUUAGCCAUUGCAGGUGGACCAGAGCUAUUGGCUAGAACACAAAAAAAGUACUUUGCCAAAUCACAAAGCAAGAUAACUAGGCUGAUCACAGCAGUAGUCACCAAGAAUUGGAAUGAGAUUGUUCAGUCCUGUGAUCUAAAGAACUGGAGGGAAGCUCUGGCUGCAUUAUUAACCUAUACAAUGCCUGAUGAGUUUUCCUCAUUAUGUGAUCUCCUGGGCUCCAGACUGGAGAAUGAAGGAGACUUGGCACUCCAGACACAGGCAUGUCUCUGCUAUGUCUGUGCAGGCAAUGUAGAGAAGCUGGUUUCCUGUUGGACUAAGGCUCAGGAUAGCACUUGCUCUUUAUCCCUUCAGGAUCUUAUAGAAAAGGUGGUUAUCCUACGCAAAACAGUGCAGAUAUCCCCUGCAGUGGUCACAAAUGAUGUGGGAACGAUUCUGGCCCAGAAGAUGACCCAGUAUGCCAGUUUAUUGGCAGCUCAGGGCAGUCUUGCUGCUGCUAUGGCUUUUCUUCCCACUGACACACAUCAAGGUGGCAUUGUGCAGUUACGAGAAAGGCUAUGCCAUGCACAAGGACAUGAUGAUAUCAUUGCUCUUUCAACUGGGAUGACUCUAAGUGGAGGUUCACAACAACAUGUGCAGUCUGGAAAUGAUGUGCAGUACUUCCCACAGGCUACAAUUGCCCCCACCGUCACUUGGAGUAACAAAAACCCUACUGCCACUCCCAGAUUUUCAGCAGCUGCCUCCUCCUUUGAUACACAGAGAAACAGUGCACUGCCUCCUGGGUUUAAUAUUCCUGGUUCCAUUUAUCCCUCUGCUGCACUGGCUUUAGGACCCUCAGUGGAUACCAGUUCUCCCUCUUACAACAUGAACUCUCAGAUGGCUCCCAGACCUCCUUACUCACAGCCCUUUUUACAAUCACAACAGUAUUCUUAUGGCUCUGGGGGCCCUGCUGUCUAUGAGCCCCAACCCCAAUCUACUGUUUCUUCUGCUACACCCUACCAAAAUUCUUCUUUUACCUCAACUUACCAAACUACAACUCAGCCACUGUACCAUGGGCCUGCUCUGCUUACUUCUGCCCCUUCCUCCUCCUCUCUUCCUACUACUACUACUACUACUACAUCCUUCCAGCAUGGUGGACCACGAGCUCCUUCUAAUUGUGCACCUUACACACUGCCUACUCCUGGAUCUACAGGUACUCUGCCUGCCACAAGUGAGCUGCCUGCAUCCCAGAGAACAGGUCCUCAAAAUGGAUGGAAUGAUCCACCUGUAGUGAGCAGGACAUCUAAAAAGAAGAUUCUAGAACAUUAUGUGCCUCUACCCCCAAUUACUUCUCCCAUAAUGAACCCCGUGACAGACUCAGGCUCCCAACAGCAACAGAUCCCUUCUUCUGGAGUACCAUUACCCUCUAUACCAUUCCAGCCUUCGACAAUGCUUGUAGUACAGCCUGAUACACAGACUUCCUUCACAAUAUCACAGCCCUCCAAUAGUCAAUCUGGACUGCCCCAUGAAUCCUCAAAGCCCAGUGCGGAGGGUGCCCCUGGGGCACCCAUUGGAAAUACCAUUCAGGCUGUUCAUACACUUCCAGCUGAAAAAAUUGCCAAGAAUCCAAUUCCUCAUGAACACCUGAUUCUAAAGACUACAUUUGAGGUUCUUAUCCAAAGAUGCUUGUGUUCUGCAAGUGACCCAGUAUGUACCAUGAGUUUGAAUCAAACCAAGCGGAAGCUAGAUGAUGCAAAUAAACGUCUAGAAUAUCUGUAUGAUAAAUUGAGAGAACAAAAGCUUUCUCCUGCAAUAAUUGCAGGAUUGCACAACAUUGCCAGAAGUAUUGAAUCUCAGAACUACACAGAAGGACUAAAUAUACACACCCACAUUGUGAGCACCAGUAACUUUAGUGAAACAUCUGCUUUUAUGCCAGUACUGAAAGUAGUUCUAACCCAGGCCAACAAGCUUGGGGUGUAAAAAAUGGUUUCUCAGAGACUUAAUACACCCCUGCAAAGGAAUAGUCCCUGCUUCCUCUUUUAGAUGAUGGAUCAAGAACUAGCAUGUUUUUAAUCUACUAUAACUCAAAAUUGACUGUAAUGUGUCAUUGCAAAGCAAAUUUCUGCCUUUAUGUUUUUAUUUUUGGACUUUGGAACUUAAAAAGAAAUUAUCCAGUGAUAAUUGUUUUUGAUGAAAUAUCAUAUUUUGUUCUGGAAACCAGUAUUGUUCUAUUAAACACAUGACCAUUUUUUUUAACUGCUCAUAAUUUGGAAAGACAGUAUUUCUAAGGUACAUGUGAAAAUCUUUGGCUAAGAAUAAAUUAUGAGUAGAAUAAAGUAUGUGAUCCCAAAUCAUAAUGUAACAUUCUUUUCAAGUCAGCAGAUCUAGAGUAUUUCAAAUAUAUAUUUAUGAAGAGCAAGCAGGGUGCAUGUAUGUGUAGCUUUUGCAAUACUUAAAUGGUAUAAGUAAUAAAAAUGUUUUCUCACUAA